AUGAUAUCUACUGAAUAUAUAUUUCUUAUUCUUGUAUAUGCUCCAAUAUAUGUCAAUGGGAUAUGUAACAGUCAGAUUGGUCCAUUACGAACCACCGAAUGUUCUCUGGUCAACAAUUUCAAUACAAAACAAUGGCACAGUUGUCUAACUAAUAUCUAUAUCCAACAACAGUCACAGGGAAGACAUCGAUGUGGUGAUGAAACAGUUAGAUAUUGUAACUAUCCAUGCAUGCACGAAGUCUAUUAUUUGGAAGCAAACCUUGUAAUUGAUCCAUGUACUUGUAACGAUUCAUCAGUAUUACCUGCAUCCGCAUUACCUACGGAAUGUCUUAGUCCCGAUGGAUCGGAUUGCGAUUGGUACAAAAAUUGCCUCGAACGUAAAUAUUCAUGUCAAGGCACUCCAACUGAACAUAUGGCUACGUAUGCAAAAACAUUUUGUGAACUCCACACCCAACACAAUGAGUUGUUUUCUGAUCGGGCACAACGUUGGAUUGAUGAUGCACGUAAAUGUUUACAAAUGGCUCUUGUUCCAUUUGUUCGACCAUUCAAUAAUGGCAAUUGUCAAAAAAUUCGCGAAAGAGCAUUUGACUCCUAUAAACCAUGCUAUAUUAGACCCUAUCCAGAAGUUGCAUCAAUCUGUCAUAUGACCAGACGAGAUUGGCUACGAAUAUUUUGGACACUUAAGACGGCUUUUAUUGCAUCAGCUCCAAUAGCCUAUAGUUCGCUACAAAAUGUAGUCGAUACAUUUAAUGAAUGUAGUAUGGAUACGGAAGCAAAUGAUUUCGGACAUAUCUUCAAGGAGUUUAAACUUACAAUUGACCUUAUUGAUACACCUUGGGAUAAUUUGAACAAAGAUCAGUCGGAUCAAAUUGCAGUCCGUAUAGCUCAUCAAAUUGCUAGAAUUGCAUUAGCGCCGCCGCAACGAUGGGGAUGGUACGCGUAUGGAAUACCCUUAACAUCAAUGCAACAUAGUCCCACUGGAUACAAACAAAUGGCUAUCGAAUUACUUGUUGCUGAUUUACCUGGCAUCGUCAAUGAAACACUAGUACCACCUGUCAAUAUAACCAAUGUUGAAUUCAAUGAGAUAAUCAUGAGAAUUGAAAAUGCAGUGAUCAAGGGUAAUUUGCUCAUACAGAUUGACAAUGGAACGUACUAUGUGUCGCAGAUGACCUAUUGCUUGGAUGCAAAAUGCUACGCGACAACAGAAAAUUAUUCGGCUUCUCCGUAUGCUCCAAAAAAUGGUAGUAAUAACAAUGCUUAUUGUUUUUCAAUAAUUUUCUUUUUUCUCUUUACAUGCUUUUUUUGUAAUCUAAUUCGCUUUACUGCUCUCUACUAA